AGGUCGAGCAGUCAUCAGUUGCAUCUCUGAGCUUCCAGAAGAAGGGAUAUACGAGGACAAUCGGAGCUAUAUAGUUUCUAACUUCAGUCACAUAGAUUUAGAAGUUUGAGCUUUCAAAUAUGGACCGGGCAAAUGUACUGGCAGCACUCGGAUUGGUGCUUCUCUUUGCUGUGAUGUCAAAUGGUGCUCCAUAUUCUAACAAAUGCACGAGAGGAGUAAGCGGUACAGUGUGCGGCGAGAACGGUGUUACCUAUGACGACGCGUGCGAUGUAGACGACGAUGACGACGACACGAACGGAAAUGGAGGAGUACAGGUUGCCCACUCAGGUCCAUGUAAUGGAGGAGGAGGGGGAGGUCACGCUCCUGCAGCGGCUCCUCGUGCCCCUGCACCUCAUGCUCCAGUUGUGCCACAUGCUCCAGCACCUCAGGCUCCAGUUGUACCACAAGCUCCAGCGCCUCAUGCCCCUCCUGCACAUGCUCCAGUUGCUCCUCAUGCUCCAGGGGGCGGUGUUAAUGGUGACACAAGUGGAGAAACUGGUUACGGACAUGCACCUUCUGUCGGCUACGCACCCGCCCCUGCUGCUCCAGCUGUUGGUUAUGCCCCUUCCGCCCCGGCCGUUGGUUAUGCUCCUGCUGCACCAGCUGUUGGUUAUGCCCCUUCCGCCCCGGUCGUUGGUUAUGCUCCCGCUGUAGGUUACGCUCCAGCCGGAACGGAUGUCUUUUAUGCUCCUGCUUCUGGUGAUUCUGGCUAUGAUUACGCGUACGAAGAUGACAGCGACAGCAGUGAAGAAGGAUACGGCUAUGAGUAUUAUGGUUACGAAGCCAUCCCCGUUGGCCCUGUUGGAUUUGCCCCAGCUCCUGCAGCCCCAGCUUUUGCUCCAGCUGGGUCUGGAUAUGCUCCAGCUGGACCAGCAUACGCCCCAGUAGGAGGUGGAGUCGGAGGAUGUGAUGGGGGAGAUGGAAGUGGAGAAGGAUGUGACGGCGGAUAUGGUACAGGUGCCGGAGGUCCCGCUGGCUUCGCCCCAGCUCCAGGUGCCCCAUCCUUUGCCCCAUCUGGUCCAAGUUAUGCACCAGCUGAACCAGCAUACGCCCCAGUCGGUGAGAGUGCCCCUGUUGGAUGUGGCGAUUCUGGAAGUGGGGAAGGGUGCGAAGGCGAUGAAUCAGAUGGUGACGAUAGCGGAAGUGAUGAAGGAAAUGACUCUGGUGCAUCAGGUGUAGCCGCCGCUCCAGGUGCUGCUGCUGCCCCUGUCCCUGCCCGUGCCCCAGGGCUCCCACGUGCACCUCCUGCCCGUGCACCACCAGCACGUGCACCACUUCCGGCACCAGCUGCUCCGAGUGCCCCAUUGAGGCCCCACGCACCUGCUGCUGCUCCACAUGCUCCAUCUGGACCUAGUGGUAAAGACGAUUCUUCAGAGAAACACUCUCCAUCAGCUCCAGCAGCCCCAAGAGCUCCUGUACCGUCAGCACCAAGGGCACCAGCCGCUCCCGCUCCACCAGCUGCACCUGCAGCACCUGCUGCUCCAGCUGCCCCAGCACCGAAAGCUCCAUCUGGAGGUUGUGCAGCUGGUGAUGCUGGAUGCAAUGGCGGUAGUGGUGGUGAUAACGGAGGAAAUGACUGUAAUGACUCUGGCUGUAAGGAUGAUGAUGACGAUAACAACGUUGCAGCUCUCCACGAGGUGGUUAUUGGGUCCCCUUAAAUCACAUGAUCUUGGAACCCAUUUCAUUUCACCUGUGGUAGCCUGCCGCUGAUACUGUCGGACCCGUUUUGAAACUCCAUCGUCAUGGUAGGAAUGGGACAUUGCAAAUUCUGCAUCUGUGACGACGCGUGUUGAGUUAAUGAAACUCGGGUUUACAUAUUUUAUUUGGAAUGACUUUGGUCUUUUUACGUAAAAAUGUCCUAUUUAUUACUUAUUUAAUAAUUUAUUCACAAAAGUUAUUACAUAAUCAUAUUUAUCUUCGAAACUCAAAUGUCUGUGAAAUUUUAGCUCGAUAUCUCAUGUUUAAUCAUGACAAAUUUAUAUCGGAGUCAUAAAAAGAUAACUUGUAAGUGAUCUGAAAUUAUCUUUGAUUUAUCUUAAAAUUGGUCAAUUAUCUGCUUUAAAAAGCCAUAAAAAGACCUAUUUUUAAUUUUGAUUGUUGUUUAGUCUAUGUUGAUAUUAUUGUCUAAUAUAUUAAUAACAAUUAAAAACUUUUAUAUUUCACGG